GACCACAGCAGAUUCAUCUCCAAGGGGAUGAACAAUCAGUACGUCCGCCGGGAGGUCUUCUGCGGGAACACCUGUCACGAGCUCAAGCGCUUCUGGGAGCGGGAGAUUGGCAAGCAGACCUACUACCGGGAAUACGAGGAAUAUCGCCUGGGAAGAAGUGCCCUGAGAAAGCUCAGAGAGGAAUGGAGGCAGAGACUGGAAGCAAAGCUAAGGUUACGGAACAAUCUAGAUGAGACCGAAAAGCAGGCAAACAUGGGCCGGGAGCUUCUUGCUUCGCUGACACAAGAGGAUUCAAAGCACUGAGGUGGUUCUACCAGGAAAAGUCAGUGCAAGUGCCUGAGUCCCUGAGCUAUGCCAGAUGGAUGUCACACUCCCCCCGACCUGUGACGGAUCUACCGGCUCAUGCCCCCCACCCCGCCCCAGGCCCAAGGUGGGAAUGAUCAGCCAAGUCAGCCCGUUCCACAUGGGCCCAGGAUAUUAGCCCAAGUAUCCCUAAAGACGAGAUUAUUUCAUACCAGAGCUCCAUGCAGCAUUCUUUAUUUGCACAUAAUUAAUUACCUCCUAAUUUUAAAGUCUACAUAUUUUAAAUUCUAAGCACAUGCCAGGGGUGACAGUGAGGGGGGACGGUUUGGGAGCUGAUCUUCAUGGUCGCACUCUAAACAUUGCUCACCAGUGUCUUUCCACAUCUCUCCUAGAAACAGUUUCCCAUGAUCCUUUCUCUUAUUUUCCUUUUAUGAGAAGGGAAACGUACCCGUCUGCAGAAGUAGCUGUAUCGUAAAUAGCUAUAAAAAUAAGGUUUUGCCAAGAAACUGAUCUAAUGUUAUUGCUCCUUCAUGGGAGUUUAAUUGGUUCCCUCAAAGCACGGUUGCUGGAACUGUUCGAUCGGAUCAGGAUAAUUUUAAUAAAGCUUGGU